AUGGGCCGACUCGACGGGAAGAGUAUCAUUGUCACGGGCGCGGGGGCUGGGUUUGGGCGAGCUAUCGUCCAGAAGCUUACGGCCGAGGGCGCCUCCGUCCUGGCCGUCGAUGUCAACGGCGCGGAGAACGAGAAAACAGUCGCAUCGUGCUCCUCCAACCCCGGCAAAGUCCACGCCUUCACAGGGGACAUCACAGUCGAGUCCUCGUGGCGUUCCAUCCUCUCGGCAGCCCUCGAAACAUACUCCAACCGUCUCGAUGUGGUGGUCAAUUGCGCAGGCGUAGUACACCUCCCCGCUCCGUCGCAUGAAGUGGCCGAGGACGAAUUCGACAGGAUGUUUCGGGUGAACGUGAAACCGCUGUAUUUGAGCACAAAGGUGGUGGUGCCUUGGUGGAAGGAGAAUAAAAUUCCUGGAUCGUUUAUCAAUCUGAGCAGCAUCAGUGACCCGCGUCCGAGACCCAAUUUGGUGUGGUAUGCUUCAAGCAAAGGAGCCGUUACAGUGGCAACGAAAGGUCUUGCAGCAGAGUACGCCGUCGACCAGAUCAGGUAUAACUGUAUUCGACCAGCGGUGGGAGAGACAGCCAUGCUUGCUCGAGCGCUUGGAGGGCAAGACACGCCCGAAGGGCGGCAAAAGAUACUUGGAACGAUCCCGCUCGGUCGCGUGUGUCAGCCAGCAGAUAUUGCAAAUAUGGUGUGUUUUCUGGCAUCGGAUGAGGCGAGCUAUAUCACGGGUGCAGCGUUUGACGUCGACGGGGGUAGAGGCGUGAGUUGA